AUGGAGGCUGCACUGCGCGGAAUGUUGGAGUCAACAUUCGGGGAGUUUGUGGAAGGCUUGGAUCGAGCCAAUGCUGCGAGCUUCCCGAUGACACUCAAGGACUUGAAGCUCAAGGAGAAACGAAUCCAAGAGGAGCUGGAUGAAUCUGGCAACUUCCCUUUUGACCUCAGUGAUGGGAGGAUUGGGAAUAUCACUGUGACGCCGGGGUGGAUGGGAACUGUGGAGGUUGUUGCGACGAACGUGGUGCUGAACUUUAGUUUUAGCCCCAUGAAGGCCAUGAACAAGGCGAUGAGAAAGGACUCAGAUGACGAGGAGGAGCAAUUCGAAAGUGUUCCUGGCAGAGCGGCACAAGCUCCACCUCCGGCAGAUGUGGCACCGCGCUUCUGUCAGAGGCACUUCACCUCCGCACAACGGGAGAAGAUCGAUCCCCUGAUGCGGCCGUGCCAAAAGUGCGGGACGCAGAUCACCAGCACCUAUGCCUCUAUGACGUUGUGCCCACCAUGCUCAAAUACAGAAGAGAGUUGCAUGAUUUGCGGCGACCACGCUCCCGUGGCAAGCAACUACGUCCCACCCAAGACCUUGAAUCCUCAGUCUGGACCGUCUGGACCUCCAGGUGGUGCUGUCUAUGCUAUGCCAGAUCCUGGUGCAAAGCGUGGAAGUACGUUGCCCCCACCUCCUCCUCCCAGUGCUUCGCACUCGCCUUCCCGGCGGAUGUCUGAUGACUGGCGCAUGGGGUUAGGUUCGCCAAAUUCUCAGCCGCCGCCCCCUCCACCUCCUCCUUCGAGAGGACGGACCGGAGUGUCUCACUCGGAUCACCGUGAGCACCGUGCCAGAGACACUGCUCGACCAGCCCCACGGGAGAAGGGCUUCAAUCCGCCCAUCCUGCCGCAGGCCGAGCUUUCAGCAGCUGAGGCUGGUGGUCGUGCCAAGAAUGGCGGCCACUUGCAGGCAAUGUACAGUUCAGCCACAAGUCAAUUAGAUGGUCUGUUCGAGUACCUUAGCAGCAGCCUCCCUGCUUUGGACAUGAACGCAUGGACCACCUGCCUCAACAGUGGUGACCAGCGUUCAGAUUUGAAGGAGUUUGGAAUGAGCCCCAAGACAAGGCGUCGGCCAGUGGUGCGUGCGUGA